AUGCAAAUGCAAAACACAUUGAAAGUUAUUAGUUCAAUCGAAUCAACAUUCAAUUUCGAAAUCACCAACACAUCCAAUUGGUGUGUAAUAUUUAUCAACAAAUCAAAUGUUUCACUAACAAGCAAACAAAACUUUAGAAAAUACGAUUGUUUUAACAAUACAAUCGAUUAUAAAAUUAUUACACGUUUAUUAAAUUACAAAAACAGUGUUUUCUGUGAUAAAUCACAAGGAAAUGAAAGAGAGGGAACUGAGGCAAUAACAUUACAAUUUAAUAAAAAUCAAUCAAAUAAUACAAAAAAGAUUUGCGAAUCACUACACUACGCUACACCGCCACUCCUCAUACAUGAAAUUUUUAAAUUAAUAAUAUUGGGUUCGAGCAUUUCAUCAGAAGCGAUAUUAUAUGCAAGCAAUAGCAGCAAAGCAGAAAUUAUCAUCAUCAUCAUCAGAGCAAAAUUAAUUAAUCUUGUAGAGAUGAGAAGCAAUAGCUAUCGUAACAUUAAAUGUAAUGAGACUUGCAAAUAUGCAGAAGUAGAAACGUGUCUUCCAGAGAUCACAUCAUCUAGAAAAUAUUAUAAAGUGGGACCACCACCACCAAACAGCAUCAACAACACCACCGACUUUAAUAGUAAUAGUAGAAACAGUUGUAAUAAUUAUUACAACUAUGAAGGUGACUAUAGUCAGCAGAGAAUGAAAACCUGUAAUAAUCAUGUCGAUGACAAUCAUCAUUGUGGAUCAAGCAACAGUAGCAGUGUAAAAAGUAAUAAUUCCUUUUCAGAUUUGAGUGAAGAUGAUAUCGUUCAUGAGGAGGAAGUAGAAGAACAUGAACAUGUGAAUGGACAUGAACAGCAACAACAUGAAGAGGAGGAAGAAGAACAACAAGAAGAAGAAGAAGAGGGGGAAUCAGAUGAAAACGAUGAAAUCUUAGAAAAUGACUACAACGACAAUACUGAUGAUGAUCAUGAAGAAGAGGAAGAAGAUGAUAUUCAUCCAGAUGAUCUUCACGAAUUGAAAAAAGUUAUCAACUAUCAAGAGGUAGAGGAAGAAGAGGAAGAGGAAGAAGAUGAAGAUGAAGAAAGUUUAGAUGAAUAUGGGAACUAUGAAUCUGAAAAUGAAAUCAAAGAAGAAAUAGAAAAAGAAAACAGUGGCAGUGAAGUGGAGGUUUGCACAACAAAAGAAGAAGAACAACAACAAGAAGAAGAAACUCUGCAAAACACAAGUGCGCCAAAAGGAUCGUCUUGUGAAAACUAUCAAUCUUAUGUAAAGAAUCUUGGAUCUUUUAAUACAGUUCAAGGAUUUUGGAGUUAUUGGAAUAAUUUGCUGGAUGUUUCACAACUGCCUAUGAAUGCAAAUCUUCGUUUGUUCAAAAGUGGAAUCACACCAAUGUGGGAGGAUCCUGCCAAUCAGAACGGUGGCAAAUGGACAUUACUCUGCCACAAGGAUCAAUCGAGUACCAUCGUAAUGAGAACUAUACUAACUCUAAUCGGUGAACAACUAGAGUAUUCAAAUGAUGUUUGUGGAUUUGUAUUGAAUGUAAGAUCAAGCAGACACAUCAUAAGUGUUUGGAAUCGAUCGGGUGAGAACCAAGAGAUCAUCGAUAAGACCUCGUCGGAACUAUCGAAUUUCGUUCUCAAUAAAAUAUUUAGAUAUCAGUCACACAAACAACCAGCAUCACCACAAGUAACACCAAAGAAGGAUCCAACCUCGCCUAAAUUUGAACUUGAGGAAUUCAAUAAUAAUAAUAACAACAAUACCAGUGGUAACCACAUCAAUCAAUUCAGAUCGUCACCACAAUUAUAUAAUAGUAGUAGUAAUAUUAAUAUGAAUGGUAGUAGUAACAGUCUUUUGACAAACAACAAUAAUAACAACAACAAUAGACAACAAAAAUCAAAAGAUAAUUUCCUUCAAAAAAAGAGUCAAUCGGCAUCAAACAUUCAAUAUACACCAACUUCACCCAAACAAUCUCAACAACAUCAAUAUAUAAAUAAUAAUAAUAAUAAUAAUAGUAAUGGUAAUGGUAAUGGUUUACAUUCAUUUAAAUCAUCUAAACAUUCUCUUGUAGAUUCAAAUUCUUCAUCUUUAAUACCAACACCAAUAACACCUUCACAACAACAACAACAACAACAUCAGCAUCAACAUCAUCAUUCACUUUCGUCCUCUUACAAUGGAUAUAAUACUCAUAACAAUAAUAAUAAUAAUCAUAACAAUAACAAUGGCAAUUAUCAUCCGAAAUCAAUUUCUACACCAAAUAACAAAAGAAACAAUAGAUAUAAUAAUAAUAAUAAUAAUAAUAAUGGUAAUGGUAGCCCUUACAACAGCAGUAAUGAUCUUAACAGUUCCAAUAGAUAUAGAAAUAGGAAUAACAAUCAUAGCAAUGGUCAUAGUUCGAAUGAAAGAUCAUCUUUGUCAUCGUCAGAGUCAGAGAGUGAGUCAUUGAACCAAAACACCAACACUGUUGAAGACGUUGUUAAAGUUGUCGAGCAGGAGCCAGUUGUUAUUUCUUUGACUGAGAAGCUCACUGAAGUGAUCAAAGAGCAACAAAAACACCAAAAAGAUGUAGAAAUAGUAGAAAAUAAUAAUAAUAAUAAUAAUAAUAAUAAUAAUGUUGUUAAAUUAGAAGAUGUAGAUAUCAUUAAACCCAAUGCAAAAGUACAAGUACAAGUUAAAGUUAAAGUCGAGGAGGAAGAGUUAAAGAAAGAUCAAGUUGUUUCUUCUACUUCUUCAUCGUCAUCAAUCAACACCACAACCACCACUCCAUCAGUUGUCACAGAAGAACAACAACAACCAAUAAUAGUCAAUAAUACAACUACUACUACUAUUAUUAGUGAUAAUAGUAAUAAUAAUAAUAAUAAUAAUCCUGAACAACAACAACUUUUGAAAGAAUCAUCUUCCUUUGAAGAAUUCACACCAAUAAUGUUCUUGGCAAUCUUAGUAAUCACCCUCAUCUUACAAUCGAAUUGA